AUGGCAAACCCAAACCCUGACUCUCCGUAUUUCAACGAGCUCCUCGAAGACGAGUUCGGAAGGCCAACCGAACAACUCCUUGUUGAAGAAGAAGAAACAGAAACCGAAGAAGACGAAACUGAAGAAGAAACCGACGAAGAGGAAGAUGAGGGAGAGGAGGAGGAGGAGGAAGAAGUGUUAAUAGCGGCCGUGGAAUCACCGCCUAGGGUUUCAAGUUCUAAUCCAGCGGUAAUUGAAGAUAGAACGAAGCGGAGAAGAGAAGAUAGAGGGGGAGAAUCGUGCUCGUUUAGUGGAAUUGAGAGUGGAGAUUGUUCUCAAGGGAGUGAGUGGAAUCGAACUGAGGUUGAUGGCUUGUUUUGCCCUAUUUGUAUGGACGCGUGGACAAAUAGCGGUGACCAUCACAUUAGUUGUCUUCCUUGUGGGCAUGUAUAUGGUUUCUCUUGCAUCAAGAGAUGGUUACAACAAGGUCGAAGCUCGGGAAAGUGUCCUCAAUGCAAUAGGAAAAGCUCUUUGAAGGAUGUUAGGAAACUGUUUGCAUCACGGAUUGUUGCUAUUGAUGAAGAAUCACAGAAGAAAAUUCGAUCUCUUGAGUCUAAGUGUAUGUCUCUUGAGAAGAAGGGUGCUGAAUGGUGUAAGAAAGAAGCUGAGUGGCAAAAGAGAAAAGCUGAGUUGCAUUUGGAAGUUCAUCAGCUUAAACAAAGGACAAUCUUUUUGGAGUUUUUAUUGGGAGAGACUCAGAGCAGGCCAUCUGAAUUUGCUGCUUCUACUAAAAGCUGCCAAGGACAAUUUGUAUCUGGUUCCAACUUCAGCUCAGAGAUAUGCAGAGAAGGAUCAUCUUGUAUAUUCAUCUUACAGAAAGCAUUAAGGGUGGAUGGUGCACGUUUAUUUGAUGUUGAUCCUUCCAGUCAAAUUAUAUUAAUGUCCCGAAGGCUGCCUGGAAUUGGUGGAAGUGGAACACAUCUACUUACUAAAGUUAGCUUGAUACAUCCACAUGAAAGUGAGGAUAUUUUACUUCCUUCCAGUACAAAGGCUGUCAAGGACCUGCACUUUUCCCCUUUUAACCAUAAUCUUGCCCUUUUUUCUUCGUUAGGCAAGAAAUUAUCAGUUCUCAGCAUGGAAAGCAACAAUGUCAUUCUAAAUUAUGAUCUUCCGGUUGCUGCUUGGUCAUGUUCAUGGGAGGUCGACAGUGCACAUUAUAUGUAUGCUGGACUACAGAACGGAUCACUUUUGGUGUUUGAUAUCCGUCAAACUGUAAGGCCGUUGGAAUCCUUGAAUGGGCCAUCAUGCAACCCGAUUCAUACCAUACAGUCUCUUUCACAUCCAUCUGGUGUCAGAACCCUCCUGUCUGCUUCUUCAGUUGGUGUGUGUCAGUGGAACUUUGAUGGUGCUGAAGGAAGGUCAUCUCUGGUUCCUGAAACAGAGAAUAAAGGAGUUUGUAUUUCUCUUGCUCAUUGUCCCAGCAGCGAUGAAAUCGUUGCUUCCUUUCGCCCGAGAGUUGAAAGGUCCAAUGAUAUAACUUUUUCUCAAUCUGUAUCAACUCCCCCUGUUGUUAGACACGGGAUACCAGGCAUCCGACUUCUUCUGAAGAAAGCAGGCAGCAAUGGCUAUCAGAAUUUAGGUUUUUCGUCUGCAACAGUGAAUGAUAUUCGAUUGCCAAAGUCUACAAUUAUAAACUUAGAGGAUGAGAAACGAUUGUUUGCAUCUGGGGAAGAAGUUACAUGUGAAUUGAUGUUGCAAAAGCUGCCAUCUUUUUCAGUUGUCCAAUGCCUUCAAUCACAGAAUCAUCCUAUUCGUGAUGUGAAGUAUAUAAAUGCCUACGGCCAAGGUUUACUUAGCUGUUUAAGUGAGGAUGAAUUACAACUUUUCAGAACUAACGUCUUGUAGAAAGGUUUCUCAACUUAUAAUAGGUUAUCAACCGACCUGUUUAUUGUGUAACAUGAACCCACAUUACUUAAAAAUACUGGAGAAGUUUUUGUUUUUGUUUCUGUGGAUACGAAAGAGCGCCUUGUAAAUUGUAUUCUAACAUCUCCAUAAGGAGUAAGAUGGUUAGAUGAAGCCAUUAGGGUAAGUUAAAUGAUAUUUGAAGAUAGCUGCUUAAGUUAGAAGAUUUUGUCUUGUAUUUGUAGCUGCAUUUAGUUGUGUAGAAUAUCAGUUCAUUUUUCUUGUUUGUUGAAAUUGUAAAGGUAUCUAAUCCACAUCCUUGCGUUCUGCUGUCUUCCGAGUUGAUUUUUGUUUAUUAUUUCAUUUCUUUGGGAACUUUGAGGCUUCAUCUUAUAUGAUUCAUGA